AUGGAGAAAAUGGCUAGAGUGACCACUGCCCUUGGUGGCAAUACCAUCACUGGACGGACCAUGUUCUGCCACCUGGAUGCCCCUGCCAAUGCCAUUAGUGUAUGUCGUGAUGCUGCCCAGGUAGUGGUAGCUGGGCGUAACAUCUUUAAGAUCUACUCUAUAGAAGAAGACCAAUUUGUGGAGAAGCUGAACUUGCGUGUUGGCCGCAAGCCAUCCCUGAACUUCAGCUGCGCCGAUGUGGUGUGGCACCAGAUGGAUGAGAAUUUGUUGGCCACAGCAGCCACCAAUGGUGUCGUCGUGACGUGGAACCUCGGCAAACCAUCUCGUAACAAGCAGGACCAGCUCUUUACCGAGCACAAAAGAACAGUUAACAAGGUGUGCUUCCACCCCACGGAGGUGUACAUGCUUCUCAGUGGCUCCCAGGAUGGCUACAUGAAAUGCUUUGACCUGCGCAAGAAAGAUUCUGUUAGCACAUUCUCAGGUAAGGAGUCAUUUCUGAAUUUGCCGUGCCUGACUCUUAACACUCUCAGCAAUGGUCAAGAGUACCUUUUUCUAGUUACACCUAGUCAAAGGGCAGUGCUAUGAGUUUGUUGGGGCUGGGCCGAAAGCAAGAUGUGACCAAAUUAUUGAGAGAGAAUCUGAUUUGGCCCUUGAGCCUGAAAUCUGUUGUGCUAGAGUAUGAUUACAAAUGGUGAGUGUCAUCUAGAUGAGCUGCCAGAUAUGAAACUUGCUAAAUAUGCUGUCUGUUGCAUUAUCUUUCAGGUCAAUCAGAAAGUGUCCGUGACGUCCAGUUUAGUAUACGUGAUUACUUUACCUUCGCUGCAACCUUUGAGAAUGGAAAUGUUCAGCUGUGGGACAUCCGCCGGCCUGACCGCUAUGAGAGGAUGUUCACAGCCCAUAAUGGGCCCGUAUUCUGUUGCGAUUGGCACCCGGAAGACAGGUGUGGACUGCAGGGGCUAGAAUUCUGCACUAAGAUUUUGUUCUUUGUCUUCAAGCAUAUCCUCAUCUGACUUUAUUCUUGUGCACACUCCUUUUUUCCCUUUGACACCAUCUCACGUUGUGCACUAGGAUUCUCUGUUCUGUAGCUCAUCUUUCUUUCUCUGUUCCCUGCCCAUGGAACAUUCUUCCUUCUUAAAUAUGCAGUUUUCUCCUCCUAUUUUUAAACAUUAUUUUAGACAGCCAUGGAGAAGUUACUGUUCUUAUGACUGCCUACCUCAAGUAAAAAUCUUCUGUGCAGUGCUUUGUUUUUAAGCAUUAUAUUAUAGAAAUGCAUCUUAGAAAACUCAAAGCUCUUUCUCCAAGAGCUUGUUUUUGUUAGUAUGCUGUAUAAAUUAUUUUCCUAAAUUUGAAAUUCUAGGCUAAGAACUGCAGCACAGGUUCCUAACUUGUGGCCCUUCAGAUGUUGCUGACGUCUAGCUCCAGUCAUUCCUGACUAGGGGCCAUGCUGGCUAAGGUUUAUGGGAGCUGUAGCCCAACAGCAUUUUGGGAUGUAUGAGGGUUUUGUCAUGCAGAUAAGAAAAGAAGACACACAGGUGUGUGAGAGCAAGGAUCGGGAUGUGUGCUCACCCCACCCCUCACUGUCACUGAUGACCUCACUAUAAGCCCUCAGGAGUAGAGACACGGGGGCUCCAAUUCCCAUCAGCUCCAGCCAGCAUGACUGCUGGUCAGACAUGAUGGGAGUUGUAGUUGAACAUAUUUGGAGGGCCACAGGUUAGCCCCUCAUGCUUUAGCAGUAUUGUGAGUUGGUAGCUGGGUAUACGGUUAGUGUAGAUCAUGUAUAAGAAAAGUGGUGGUUGCUGAACUGUUUACUGGCCGCUUAAGCUUCUCUUCUCUUCAUCUAGGGGCUGGUUGGCCACAGGAGGCCGAGAUAAGAUGGUAAAGGUCUGGGACAUGAACACCAACCGGGCCAAAGAGAUAUACUGUGUGCAGACAAUAGCCUCUGUGGCAAGGGUCAAGUGGCGGCCUGAAUGCAAACACCACAUUGCCACAUGCUCCAUGAUGGUGGACCACAACAUCUAUGUGUGGGAUGUACGUCGGCCUUUCAUCCCCUCUGCCAUGUUUGAGGAACACAAAGAUGUCACCACAGGGAUUGUGUGGCGUCAUCUCCACGAUCCUUACUUCCUCCUGUCUGGCUCUAAGGACAGCACUCUUUACCAGCAUAUCUUCAAGGAUGCCAUCCAGCCUAUUGACCGGGCUAACCCUGAGGGGCUUUGUUACAGCCUCUUUGGGGACCUGGCUUUUGCUGCCAAGGAGAGCCUCAUCUCCUCUGAUUCUAACCGUAAGCGUGAUCGGCGCCAUCCUAUCUUCUUCAAGCGCAAGCUAGACCCCACAGAACAGUUUGAGUUCAUCUCCUCUUCCAGUGCCCUAAGUGUAUUUGAAGCGGACACAGAGUGCGAUGCUGGUAGCAUGGACUGGUUUGUGCGGACCGCCAAGCAGUAUGUGCUGACAGGGAGACCGCUGGCAGAGCUGUGUGACCAUAAUGCCAAAGUAGCCAAAGAGCUCAAGCGCAACCAGGUAAGGGCUCCCUUUGUGCAGGAGUUAUUCGCUUAUAAUUCGGUAGAUUUGGGGAGGGGGCUACAACAUAUCCUAGUCCCAAUGGGCACCCAAGAAGGAGAUGCCAUGGUUGAUUGUAUUGGAAUCCAAACCUGCAGCAUGUAUGUUCAACUCAGAGUACCAGAAGUCUCUUUGCUGAAGUUGGCGGCUUAUGAUGAAGCCAGAACAUGAGCCUGAAUUAGAGCCUUAAGUCAAGGGUGGGGAAACUAUGGCUUUUUUGAUGUUGGACUCCCAGUUCCCAUCAGCAUCAACCAGUGUGGCCAGUGGCUGAGGAUAAUGGGAGUUACUGUCCAGUAGCACAUGGGGCUCUAUUCAAGUAACUUUUACUUAGAAUAGGCCCAUUGAAAUGAAUAGUCAAGACUAAUUUUAAUUCCAGUGAGUCUGCCUUGAGUGCAGUUGAUGGAGGGCCACAAGUUUCCCAUUCCUGCCUUAAGUGGCACAAGCAGAAUGUGUAGUGAGCAGAAGUCUAUACUUGUAGUAUUUUAUAAGAGACCUUACCAAUCCAGAGAUAUUAUACUUCCUACCAGUUGCCAAUCAGAAGGUCAGGGGUUCAAAUCCCCGCGAUGGGCUGAGCUCCCAUUGUUCGGUCCCAGCACCUGCCCACCUAGCAGUUCGAAAGCACGCAGUGCAAGUAGAUAAAUAGGUACCGCUGCGGCGGGAAGGUAAACGGCGUUUCUGUACGCUGCUCUGGUUUGCCAGAAGCGGCUUAGUCAUGCUGGCCACAUGACCCGGAAGCUGUACGCUGGCUCCCUUGGCCAGUAAAGCGAGAUGAGCGCCGCAACCCCAGAGUCGUCCACGACUAGACCUAAUGGUCAGAGGUCUCUUGGUCUCUUUACCUUUACCAGUUGUAGAGGCUGAUGUUGCAUGUGUUAUUCCUCUGCUGUGAACUAAGUCUCUGUCCUGAAAUUCCUGAGAGACAGCUAAGAGUUUCCUAGCAUGUAAAGAGGAGUCCAGGGCUAUGUUCAGCCCCUCUCCCAUAAGCAUUACCUGAAAUUGUUGUGGUGGUGUGUGGUGGCCUCCAGCCCAAUACCUCACUCUUCAUGUCUCAUUUGCCUCUAUUCCUUUUCCUUAGCUGAAAGACGUGGCUGUUGAUAGUUUAACUCUUUCUGUUCUUUCUCUUAUUUGUCAGGUUGCUCAGACAUGGACCAUGCUCCGAAUUAUUUACUCUAGCCCUAGCACUGUUCCCUCUUCAAACCUUAAUCACAGCAUUGGGAAGAGUAGUUCCAGCCUUCCACUCAUGAACAGGUAAAAAAGGCUUCAGCAUCCUUGAUCUUAGUUGUGAGAUGGGAGGUAGAAUGUUGACUGUGGCAAAUGUAGGUGGGCUGGUUGCAUGAGAGGUCUUAUUUACACAUUACCAGCACCAUUUGCAUUAGGUAGAGUAUUCAUCUGGAUAAAAGUGAGAAGACUCGCAUUUCCACUCUUGAGCUCUUGGAAAUAGGGCAUACUCCAGGGCAGAAAAAAAUGCACCUUGCUGAUAAGUUCAGAAGUGCUACUGGUCUUUCAGUAGGUUCUCAUGUGAGCCGUGAGAAAAAUUGAACUCAAAAUCUUAAUGAUAGAAUAUUUGUGUGGUUACUUGGUUACCAGGAAUUGCAACCAGUGGGGGACUUGGGUGCCGGGAUGUAGAAGGGAAGCUGGAAGCAUCAGGUUUUACCUGGGUGUAACACAGAUUUGUGUUUCCCUUCCAGCUUUAACUUGAAAGAUAUUCCUUCUGGAAUAGGCAGUGAGUCAAGGAUGGAGAGGAGCAAGGGAGAGAACCGACCUGAAAACAUCCUCAUGGAUUCUUCCUCCACACUGAUCAAUAACGAUGGUGAGAAUGGUGACAUACCUCUCCCCCAACACUGCAUAGAAACCUAAGAACCGUUUCUCACUUCCUUCUCUGCUUCCCUCUUUUUUUUACUCUUGGAUGUCUAGAGAACGAAGAGACUGAAGGCAGUGAUGUCCCUGCAGAUUAUCUCCUUGGGGAUGUGGAAGGAGAUGAAGAUGACCUGUACAUGAUAGACCAUGAGAAUCCUCACAGUGAGUGUAUAUACUCUUGAGAACUGUUGGUCCUUCCUGUUCCCCUUUCUGUGUUGGGUGGAAUUGUUUAUCUUUCCCCAUCUGCCUUCCCUCUCAUGGGUCCAUGUUUUCUUAACAGCUGAGGAGCAAGAGUACAUCCUUCCCCAGGAGGCCUUCCCUUUGCGUCAUGAGAUUGUGGACAAUCCCUCUGCGCUGGAUCACUUACAAGACAAAGCAGACUCCCCACAUGUCAGUGGCAAUGAGGCAGAGACUGUGUCACUGACACCUGUGGAAUCUUUCUCCCUGAUCUCCAUCUCUCACUCUCUGUAUGACAGCCGUCUGCCUGCUGACUUCUUCAGCCCCAUUGUCCGUGACAUGUUGCUCUUCUAUGCUGAGCAGGGGGAUGUCCAGAUGGCGGUGUCUGUACUUAUCGUGUUGGGGGAUCGUAUCCGGAAGGAGAUUGAUGACCAGGCACAGGUACCUCCCUGUUCUGUAUUUUAGGAUUAGGAUUGGGGGUCAUAAUUACCAGAUACCUGCUGAAAGCUGCACACUCAAUAAGGAGCCCAUCCCAAUCCACAAAAACUCCUAUCCUGCUGCGCCUCCUCCUAACUGUUGCUGCCUAUUCACUUGCCCUCCCCAAGUGAGCAAGCAGCAAGAGAUACAAGGAGAAGGAGUAGUAAGCUCUGCACAACUUAUCCUCUGCCUCUAUCAGAGCUGGUGCUGAUCAGGCACAGAAGGAGAGGCAUGUGGAAUGGGCAGUGGCCCUGAGGAGGUCUGGGUCUGGUGAAUGCCUGGAUGGGAGUCUGCCCAGGAUCCAUUUAUACUCCACUUUGAAUUCCAUGUUUACUGAAAGUCAGCAAGUGUGUGAAAUAAAAUAGCUGCUCUUCAUGUUAAUGCUUGUGGUAGUAUAUUAAGUGGAGUUGGUCUAGAUUGUCUGGCUAUCAAAGCACACCUGCCAGUUAUUUCCAGUAUGAUGGGCCAGGGCCAACUUAAAAAUAUCCAUCUGCAGAAGAGGAACAUGUAAAGAUCCAUAUGAAUUUUGUGUUCUAUUUCACCUGCAUUAGAAGUUGUUCAUAGACUUGAGUGCAUCUUUUUUUAAAAAAAAAAGAUGAAAAGGCAAUAUACGAGUAUUUCAAUAAAAUAAAGGGUUUGAGUUGCAAGAGACGGGUUGAAAGAGAUUUCUGGAGACGAAUACUGUAAGUGACUUGUGUGCAAUGCCUUAAAACCCCACAGGAACACUGGUACACUUCAUACAUUGACUUGCUGCAGCGCUUCCAGCUGUGGAACAUCUCCAAUGAGGUGAUCAAACUGAGCACAUGCAGAGCCAUCAACUGCCUCAACCAGGCCUCCACCACACUGCACAUCAACUGCAGCAAUUGCAAAAGACCCAUGAGCAACAAAGGCUGGAUUUGUGACAGGUGAGAGGCCUCUGCGGAGACACACUAUGUGCAUGUAUGCACAUAUAGAGGUUUUAGUUUUGUGACAUACUGAGAAUAAUUAUAUGAAUCUGCCUUAUUCCAAGUCAGACAAUUGUUCAACUGAUCUGAAAUUGCUUACUCUGGUGGCAGUAGCUUUCUGAGAUCACAAGCAGGGGUGUUUCCCAAUCUUCAGGACUGGGGAUUGAAACUGGGAUCUCCUGCACCCAAAGCAUCUUAAAUUAUCUUCCCUCUUUUAAGUAACCCUUCGCAUACAUACUUCCUGAUAAAUAUAGCUAGAAGUGAUUUUGUUUUCCAGGAGCUAAAAAUCAUUUUACCACCCCCACACUCUGAUUACAUGAAGGCUUUUGAAGCUAGGUGUGCCUUACUCGUUUUAUAGGAGAUCAUAUGAUGUGACCUAUGAUAGUCGACUGAUUCUUGAAGGAUGUAAAAAAUGCCAGAAUGGCCAGUUCUGGUGUUUUAUUUUUAAAAAGUGUAAAUUUACAACACAGUGUGCAGAGCCUCACUGACUUUACAGAUGCGGAAUGGACAGUACAACAGUGAGAGGUUGUCAUGACUUGUCAGCGCCCAAGCAAAUGUGUAUAUACAUCCUUUAUGCACAAAGCAGCAUAGGUCAUUUUACCCAGAACCUCCCAUCACACCUGGCUGGUGAGGCCAUAGGUAGCAGUUAUCCAAGGCUUACAGAUAGCUCCCCUCUCUGGGCCGAGAGCCCAGCAUUCCAGGGUCCACAGAUAAGCAUAGCAUUAAAGCAAGCCAAUUUGCAUAUAUCAGAGGAAGUGAAUAUAAACAUACAUCAGCUCAUUAUUGCAAAAACGACCAAUUAAUUGUAGCGUUAUCUCGACUACCAAGAUGGUGUUUGCAGAGCUUCUGGAACAUCUCGCCUUUGGUUCAACACAGUGGUGUAGCAAAAGUGUUUUUAAAAAUUCCUGGGAAACAAAAUCACUUCACGACUGCUUACAUCCUUUUUCAUGCAGUUUAAGAAGUAUAGUGGAAUACAGAAAUUUAGAACAGACCUCCUCAAUUUAUGCUACAUCAAGCCAACAGAGACAUCCCAGGGACUUGAUUACAAUGCGGUCAUAAGAAGGCUGCAAAACAUAAGUUUUUUGAGCUCCUGAUGGGCUCCUAUCCAUUCAUGACUGAUGUGUUGGUUCUGUGGGUCAGAAUGGACCUCUUGCGAACUUUAUGCAUCCCAAUAAUGCACCUCCCAAUAGUGGUGAAAAAUGAAUUGGUGUAUAAUUUCAGGUGAGCCAUGCUCCUACCAGCUGCAGAGACUACAACUGCUUAUCACAUUCUAUUUAUUUUUUGUAUUUCUUACAAUUAUAUCCUACUUUUGCUCCAAGGAGCUUAGGCAGGCCUGCAUGUUUCUUUCUCUCUCUCUCUCUCUCUCUCUCUCUCACACACACACACACACACACACACAUGACCAUGCACCAUUUUAUUCACACAACCCUUUGAAGUAGGUUAGGAUGAGUGAGCGUGAUUGACUGAAGCUUCAUGGCUUAGUGAGGGACUUGAACCUGGGUCUCCCUACUCCUUGUCCAUCAGUAAUCACGUUAGCUCUCAUUGGGACUCUUAUGUUCCAGGAUCUGUGUUGUAUUUGACUGCUAAGAUAAGUCAUUUUCUUCUGGUUGAUUCAUUCUGUGGUCUCGUUUCAGAUGUCGGCAGUGUGCCAGCAUGUGCGCUGUGUGCCACCACGUAGUGAAGGGUCUGUUCGUGUGGUGCCAGGGCUGCAGUCAUGGUGGCCACCUGCAGCACAUCAUGAAAUGGCUGGAGACCAGUUCCCAUUGCCCUGCAGGCUGUGGUCACCUUUGUGAAUACACCUGA